UCUGAGCAGCUUUGCUGAGCACCUGCAUCUACACACAGAGUUGUCUCAGGAUUGUAUCCACUUGAAAAAUGUGUUACUUUGUAUAAAUAAUGGCUGAAAUUCUUAAAUAGUUCUUGUUAAAGUGUUGCCGUAAAUCUCACCCAAAUGGUCGCAUCAGAUGGCUGCCUCACCCUGAAUCUGUUUCUGCCGGAGGUUUCCUCCUGUUAAAAGGGAGCUUUUCCUUCUCACUGUCGACAAGUGCUUGCUAUUUGGGGGUCAUGUUAUUGUUGUGGUUUUUGCUCUGUCAUUAUAGUGAUCUUACAUCACAAUAAAAAGUGCUGUGAGGGAACUGUUAUUUUGAUUUGAUAACAUUGAACAGAACUGAAACUGACAUUGUUAAAAAAUUUGUGGAACAGUCAAACAUUUUCUCAUCAAACAGUAAAUGAAGGUUUUUCUUCAAGAACACUGUCAACAUUUUAAAUUUAUUAAGUAUCUUUUGGUUAUAAUUACUGAUUAAAUUCAUAUUACGAUCAUUUAUUUGUCUAUACAUAACUGUAAUGUACAGUUGGUGAUCUUAACUUGGCUUUAAUGUCCUUUAUGAGUCUAAUGGGCACCAUAACUUAGAAAAUAUAAAUCAUGUUUUAAAUAAAUGUUGGAACUAGUCAUUAAGACCCAUCAGGAAAAUGUUUCCUGAGGUCUUUUUUCUUUAGAGUUCAAGGCUUUUUUGAAACUAGAGUCUUGAGAUAUUUCCAUCUCUGAUUGGUCUCUUGCUGUUAGCUGUUUUUUAGCAUGCUAUUGAUGCUUAGAGAGAUCUAAUGUUCUGUUCGCAGCAGUGCAAAGGCAGACAUCACAGACCCCCUGCCAAAUGCAAAAAAUAAUAUAAAAGAUAAAGGUAGAUAAAGUUGUAAAAACACUUUAUAAACUGUUCCUGUUUUCAUCCGUCUAAGAAAUGCAUGAUUUAGAAAGUAAAAAUACAACAUAAUGAUAUUUUUUUCCUUAAAAUGUCAAGCAUCAUGGACAAAUGACAUUACAUAGCAGUCAACAGUAGUUACAAAAGGUGCAAUGAACAAUCAGCUAAUACCUGCCACAAGAUGUCACAACAGUACAAAAUAUUAGUAUAAUAUUAUACUAUUAUAUACUACUAUAAUUUUAUUUAUAAUAUAGGCAAUGUGCUAAGAAGUGAAGAGUGGACUGAGAAGAUGAAAGGAAUACUUUAAGAAGCUAAUGAAUGUAAAAAAAAAUGAGAGCUAGAGGGGGACGGAAAGCGAAUAGUUAGCCAAUAAGGAAGUGCAGAGGAUUAGUAGCAAGGAAGUGAGGCAGCUAUAGAAGAGUGGAAAGGCAGUUAAUCCAGAUGACAUAACUGUGGAGGUAUGGAGGUGUCCAGGAGAGAGGGCAGUGGACUUUCUUACUAGAUUGUUUAACACAAUCCUGGAGAUUGAGAGGACCCAUGAGGAAUGGAGAAGAAGUACACAUGUUCUUCAUUCCUUUCCAAGAACAAAGGUGAUGUGAAGAGCUGUAGAGGAUGACUCUGGAGCGACUACAGUCCUUCAAAUCUUCCAGUCACCGAGCUUUGGAAACAAACCAUCCCAGCAGCCUCUAAGAAAGAAAACUGAGGACUUAACAAAUGGAGAGAAAUAAGAAAACCCUUUCCCUGUUUCUUCUGCUGCCUGUGCUGCUGCUCUGCAGAAGUGAUGAGUGUCCCAGCCUGCCACAGAAUCUCAAUUGCUACACUGACUACAAUAGAAUCAUCACAUGUUUGUGGAACAGCAGAUCCGUGUCUGAUGACACUGCAUGCACGAUACAUGCUCAAUAUAAAUCUAGCUACAUUUCUUACAACGCUUCCUGUGACCUAAAGUCUGUUGACAUCUCCAGACCAGCCCUAAAGGAGUGCUCCCUGAUCUUUGAAAUGGAAUACACUUUUCUGUCUUUCCAUGUGUUGUCCAUGAAUCUGAGCUGUGCUCAUAUGAAGCAGAGUCUAAUCACUUCCUACAUGCCAUCCUGUCACAUAAAGGUGAAUCCUCCUUCGAAGCCAGAAGUCAACGUCACCUCUGUUUCCUGGUUGUCCCAAGACCCUGAACAUGAAAGGAUCAGUUCAUACAGAAGUGAACUGCAGUGGAAGCAGCAGGAUCAGUCAUGGAGUGAUCCCAACGUGCAGAAAAACCUUGACAUUCAGUGCGAGGAUGAGUGCAAGGCAGAGCUGGAGCCAGACAAACUGAUACAAGGCGAGAAGUACGAGGCACGAGUUCGUGUGCGGUCUGUUAAACCUCAACCCGAGGGAGCCUGGAGCGACUGGAGCCCCACUGCAUCAUGGGAGUCACCAGUAGGAAAAAGAAAACCACCAUCAGGUGUUCCUAGACUUGUUGUGUGCAUAAUUACAGCAGGUGUUGCGUUAAUGGCAGUCAUUCUCUGCACAACUAAAAAACACUGGGUUUACGUAGUAAAGACAAUGAAAGGUCAGCCCAUACCAGACCCAGGAAAAUCCUUCCUGCAGAAUGUACCUUUUAAGAGUGGGUUCACCAGUGAAUACUUUCACUCCUUCUUGAACUCAGUGGAAAUGAUCACUGUAGAAUUAACCUCGCCUGUGGAUGCUGUUGUGGCCUACAAGCCAGAUGAGAAGAUGGUGUUGAACAAAGGCAGCUAUGACUCCACCAGCUCCAGCUUCUCUAACCCAAGUUACUCUGAGCUUUGUACUCCUCCUAUUUCCUCACUCACUGCUGGGAAUCUGAAGCCCUGUGCGGCUGACACGCCUUAUGGCCCUGUUGGUGGUCAGGGUGAAGGAAAAAGCACAGAACAGAAAAGCGAUGAAGCGAGAGAGAAAGAAAAGGAGACGUUAAUGUUGCUGCUCAAAGGCAGCAGUAACAGUGAGCCAGUGCAGGUGAUUUCAGACUACGAGAAAACUGAGAGGCUCGACAAUGAUCGAUUUAGGCUCCAGAGUCUAGAUUCAGGCAUGUGCAGUUGUGAAGAGGUCAGUGAAGAGAGCAUGGAGGCAGAUAGCAUCAAUAUGACUGAUAGCCAUGAUGAGGAACCUGAGGGUGAGGAAAAGAAGGAGGGAGGGAAUGAACAAAAGGCAGAUUUUCAGAGGCUGUUUGGAAGCAGUGGAGGUGUGUUUGGCAAGUUUAUUCAGGUUUGUUCUGAUUAUGAGCGAGUGGAGAAACAGCAGGCUGACAGCCCGGAGCUUCCCAGCUUGGAUUCAGGUGUUAGCAGUGGGGGAGAGGAGCAGCUGAGUCAGGAUGAGGGCAUGGAGGAUGCUGAUAAGUCCACUGAAUCUACACGCUUCCUGUUUCCACCUCAUCCUCCCAGUGCUUUACCAUGCUCCCUGCUCUCUUUUCCACAACUGCCUCUGAACUUGCCUGGGCCACGUCUGAGUCCAGCUGUGCAGCGCCAGCCAGGUCACAUGACACAGGGGUUUGCUCUGAUGUCAGCAGGCAGGUCGGUGGAGCCCUCUGGUGAUGGAUAUAUGCCAGUGAAACAGGAGGAGGGCUGAGAACAGACAGCAGGCUCAACUAGCAGGACAAAAUAGCAUGUAGCACUUGGAGGAGUCAUCACAGCCAGUCAGUUCUCAGGAAAAUGUAACAUCACAUGAAUAUUUCUCUUCUGCUCAGUUUUCAGCAACUUUGACAGUUUCAUGAAUGUAUUUUACUUUUAUUUUUUAUAUAUUUAUGUUAAUAUUUAUGCCUGCUUAGAAGCUCAUACACAGUUACUGUCACCCCAGAAUAAAAUAAUGUGACUCUUUCUACAAUGUAAAGGCUGCCCUCUCUGCCAUCACACUAGCUGACCUGACUAACUUUAAACUGUGUAAAUCUGUGUAAACUGUGGUAAAAUUCCCUACAUGGGCUAAAGUUCUUGGCCACAUACAUACUGAGCUGCUUGGCUAUUUAAAUCCAUACCAUGAAGCUUCCAGUGCACAUUUUUGAUGCUUCUGUCUGUGGCAGAGGAGGUUUGGAGCUGUGCAGAACCUUGGUGGCUUUGACUAUGCACCCCUGCACUCACUUUCUCAGCAUAUAUUGUCAGACACUUCAUAGCAUAGUAUUACAGUACCACAGUGUGAGAGCAGUGAACUGUUCAGACCCAUUUUUUCACAAAUAUUUGCAAAGGCAGACUGCAUGGAUGCUUAAUUUCUUAGACCUGUAGUCAUGGGACUGAAACACCUGAAUAGAUUUAGAGGCGUGGCCCAAUAGUUUGGGCCAUAUAGCAGCGUAUUUAACAAUGUUGAAUUGUUUGCAACAGAUUAACUUGGUAACUUUAUUACAGGAAACAUAUUACGAUGUGUGCUACAGCAGACAAAUAACCAGAGUACUCUAUUAUGUGUAUACUUUAUCAUGCUUGGUUUCAGGACUGCAGUGUUGGCGGUCUUUAUGUUGUGAAUUGUUUUUCUGGAUUCGCAAAUUCUAUUUUAACCAAAUGUCUUAAAGAGCGCAUUUUAACUAAUAUGUUUUGGAUACAUAAAGGCAGUGUGUACAGAUAGUUAAAUGACCGCACUGUAGGUACUGUGACAAUGAUUUUGAUUUUAUUUAUUCUUGUGUGGCAGCUAUUUACUUAUUUGAAAUUGUGUCAUGUCAUGAAUAACACAGUUAUUUUCCAUGAAAACUAAAAACGGUUAAAAUCUCAAUAAAGAAUAACCAGAAAUACAUGUAAUUUUACAUU